AUGGCGAAAAGCGGAUCGAUUGUCUCGUUCAUCAUCCUCCUUAUUGUGGUCGCUUUGGUGGCGGCCAUCGCAUUCGUGGCAUAUUCGAUCGCCCAUGACGUGGGACACAAGACCAGAGCCAAGUUGGAAAACAAGAAUGUGUCUUUCAGUCGCUCAGGAAUGAAAGUCGGGGUCAAGCAGAGAACGACGGAGCAGCAGGAGGACGCUGCGCAGAGUACGAUAAUGAAGAUCUGGUAUCACGCUUCAUGGCCAGCAUACCAGUCGCGCCUUGGUUGGGGACAAGACCCCAAAGCUGGAAGCCCUAAGACCACGCCGUCAACCGAGAAGCGGAAUCCGUAA